AGGCUGGCACCGCCGGCGAUGAGAGGCAGGCGUCGAACCACCAGCGGGGCUGGUCGGAGUCGACUGUCAUGACCACAACCAGUGCGUUUUAUGAAGAUACCAUCCUCCCUGAAAAGCGCCAGUCCCGGCUGAUGCGUCAUGCCAGGCACACGUUCCUCAACGUAUACAGGCGGCUCUUCUCCAUUGUCUUCAUUGCCAAUGUGGUCGGGUUUGUCUGGAUCACGGUUGACCACCACACGCUCAACCUUCCGGUCGAGGCUCUCGCGACAGCUGCGUCAGCCAACAUCUGCGUCGCGAUCUUGAUCCGUCAGGAGUACAUCGUCAACCUCUUGUACGCUGCCUGCUUGGCCGUUCCACCGGUCGCUCCGCUCCGCCUUCGCCGCCAGCUUGCCAAAGUCUACGAGAAUGGCGGCAUCCACAGCGGAGCUGCCAUUGCCAGCACCCUCUGGUUCGCUCUCUUGACCAUUGUCAUCACUUACCAGUUUGUCAAGGGCGAGAUCAUCCUCCACUCGGGGGCCGUCUUGGCCAUAACGUACAUUCUCAUCGCGUUCUUGGUCAUGAUCGUGUUCUUUGCUUACCCCGCCAUGCGCAACCUUACGCACAACACGUUCGAGUUCACGCACCGUUUCGCCGGAUGGACCGCCAUUGGCAUCUUCUGGGUCGAUCUGAUCCUUCUGGCGUUCAACACGCACUACACGACCGGCACACCGGUUGGCCUCAUCAUCGUCCGCAUGCCGACCCUUUGGUUCUUGAUCAUCAUCACGUUCCAUCUGGCCCUUCCGUGGGUGCGCCUCCGCAAGGUCAAGUUUGAGGCGCAGAACCUCUCGAACCAUGCCGUCCGCCUGAACUUCAAGGAGAAGCUGGCGCCAAUCCGCGGCGUCGCACUCUCAACGUCUCCCUUCGGGCAGUACCACUCCUUCGCGACGUUCCCGAACACUGCGGCCCAGGAGAGCGACAGCCAAUCGAUCAUCGUGUCGUCGGCCGGAGACUGGACCAAGGCGCAGGUUGGCGACGAGAGCACUGAGCGGCACUACUGGAUGCGCGGCAUCCCCAAGAUCGGAGUGCUGGGCAUAGCAACGAUCUUCAAGUCGGUCGUGAUCGUGACGACAGGCUCGGGCAUCGGACCCUGCCUGGCGUUCAUCAACCUGCCGGAGAACCUGCGGCGGCCGUGCCGGGUGCUGUGGAGCACGCCGCGGCCCGAGAUGGUCUACGGGCAGGAGAUCUGCAACAUGGUGCUCGCGGCAGACCCCGAGGCCAUCAUCUGGGACUCCAAGGUCGGUGGCCGCCCCGACAUGGUCAAGAUGACGUACGAGCUGUUCACGCAGAGCGGCGCCGAGGCCGUCUUUGUCAUUAGCAACCCGAUGCUCACGCGCAAGCUUGUCUUUGGCUUGGAGAGCAGGGGCGUGCCGGCUUUUGGACCCAUCUGGGACUCGUAG